CAGGUAGAGAAAAGUUUUCAUGAUCAUUUCCGGAAGUUAACGAUGAUACACUAGAAGGCAACAGGGGGGUUUUGAUCUCACUGAGGCGAACCUGAACGCAUCACGUGAAGCAUGACCUCGAAUUUACACAGAGAAGUUUCUUCAUCAUCCUCAUGGUCUGAGACCAGGUCUGAGACCAAGUCUGAGACCAAGUUUGAGACCAGGUCUGAGAUCAAAUCUGAGACCAAGUCUGAGAUCAGGUCUGAGACCAAGUCUGAGAUCAGGUUUGAGACCAAGUCUGAAGCCAGGUCUAAGACCAGGUCUGAGAUCAGGUCUAAGAUCAGGUCUGAGACCAAGUCUGAGGCCAGGUCUAAGACCAGGUCUGAGAUCAAUUCUAAGAUCAUGUCUGAGACCAUGUCUGAGAUCAGGUCUGAGGCCAGGUCUAAGACCAGGUCUGAGACCAAGUCUGAGACCAGGUCUAAGACCAGGUCUGAGACCAGGUCUGAGACCCGGUCUGAGAUCAGGUCUGAGAACAGGUCUGAGGCCAGGUCUAAGAUCAGGUCUGAGAUCAGGUCUGAGACCAAGUUUGAGACCAGGUCUGAGAUCAAAUCUGAGACCAAGUCUGAGACCAGGUCUGAGACCAGGUCUAAGAUCAGGUCUGAGUCCAAGUCUAAGAACAGGUCUGAGACCAAGUCUGAGAUCAGGUCUGAGACCAAGUUUGAGACCAGGUCUGAGAUCAAAUCUGACACCAGGUCUGAGACCAAGUCUGAGAUCAGGUCUGAGACCAAGUCUGAGACCAGGUCUAAGACCAGGUCUGAGAUCAGGUCUGAGACCAAGUCUGAGACCAGGCCUGAGAUCAAGUCUGAGACCAGGUCUGAGAUCAGGUCUAAGAUCAAGUUUGAGACCAGGUCUGAGACCAAGCCUGAGACCAGGUCUGAGACCAAGUCUGAGAUCAGGUCUGAGACCAAGUCUGAGAACAGGUCGGAGACCAGGUCUGAGGCCAAGUCUGAGACCAGGUCUGAGAUCAGGUCUGAGACCAAGUUUGAGACCAGGUCUAAGACCAGGUCUGAGAUCAAGUCUGAGAACAGGUCUGAGACCAGAUCUGAGACCAAAUCUGAGACCAGGUCUGAAGUCAGGUCUAAGGCCAGGUCUAAGAUCAGGUCUGAGAACAAGUUUGAGACCAGGUCUGAGACCCGGUCGGAGAUCAGUUCUUAG